AUGUCUUGCCUGCAGAUAGUCAUGGUGAACGGCAGCCGUAUUCCCUCCACGUUCCACCUCACAGGCUUGUCUGGUCUGGAGGACAUCUACGGUUGGAUCUCCGUUCCCUUCUGUCUCAUGUUUUCGGUCUCCAUCGCUGGGAACGGUCUCAUCCUCUAUGUGAUAUGUUGUGACUACAAGCUCCAUCAGCCAAUGUUCCUGUUCCUGUCCACGCUGGCCGUCACUGACAUAUUCUUCUCGAUGUUCACAAGCCCCUCAGUGCUCGGUAUCUUCUUGUUCCACCACUAUAGCAUUCAGUCUCUGAUGUGUCUCCUACAGAUGUUCUUUAUUCACUCACUGUCUGUCACAGAGUCCUCGCUCUUGGUAGCCAUGGCCUUUGAUCGUAUUGUGGCCAUCUGUCACCCUCUAAGGUAUGCAGCCAUUCUUACCAACUCAAUGGUGGCCAAGAUCAUCUUGGCUUGCGUCAUCCGAGGGACAUUAAUUCACAUACCCCCGGUCAUCAGUCUCCUGUUCCUUCCAUACUGUAAAGGGAACAUCCUGUCCCACUCAUACUGUUUGCACCAGGAUGUGAUGAAGUUGGCAUGUGAUGGCACCUACACCUUCAACAUCAUGUACGGCUUUGCCGUGAUUCUCUGCACUGUCACUGUAGACAUGAUACUCAUUGUCAUCUCCUAUGUCUUGAUCAUCAGAUCCAUCCUCCAUGCCACCCCCAAGCUGCAGCAGCACAAGUUAUUUAACACGUGUGUGUCACACCUCUGUGCCGUCACCAUAUUCUACAUCCCCAUGGUGGCCUUAUCUAUAGUGCCCAGAUUUAGGAUACAGGUGCCUCCACUUUUCAUGAAUUUCAUGGCUAAUGCCUACCUGUUUGUCCCACCAAUGCUCAACCCAAUCAUUUAUAGCAUCAAGAGUCAACAGAUACGCCAGAGCUUCGGCAAAACCUUCAG